AUGUUGAACCAAUCAGCGACCAUCCUGAGGAUUACCUCACUGCUCCUGCUGCUCAUGUGUGGCUCAGAUGCAAAACUGGAUAUUAUUUCAAGUAGACAAGAUUACCGGGUGGGAGAGGAGAUCUUGCUGUUAUGUAAAGCCGGAGCUGAUGGAGAUGUCACGUGGUACAAGAAUGGUGAUGAAAUAGACGAUGAUGAAAUUGUGUCAAAAGUGGACUACACUUCCUAUAAGCUCCUCAUCAGGAAGGCUAAGAUGCAGGAUGCAGGGAAGUACACUUGCGCGUGUGAAUUUGACAAUGGGCACAAGUCUGACACCCAGAUAAUUCUGUAUGUUUAUGACGGUCCAUCAUUUGGUGGCACAAACACUUACCACGAGUUUCUGGAGGGCACAGACGGAGUGGUGCCGUGUCUAGUGACCGGGCUGCCCACAGUGGAUGUUCACUGGCUCCGAGACAAGCAAGACAUCCCGUCCAUUGCAGGAAGGCGUGUUCGUAAGUUGCCCGAUAACUCACUUUAUAUUGAGAAAGUUCAGAGAGAUGAUGCUGGAACAUACGUAUGUCAGGCCCAGAUCAGAGGAAGACCCAUCUAUCAGCAGCUCACUGUCUCUGUUGUCGUCAAUGCUCCUCCUACUGUGACGCUUAGAGAGGAGGUGAAAAAAGUGAUAGCCGGACCUGAGACCAAUGUGUCCUUGUUGUGUUUGGUAGACGGUCUGCCAAAACCCAACAUCACCUGGACCAUGCCGGUGACAUUUGACCCCUCCCAUCACCAGUUUAACUCAGAUCGCAGCCAGCUCUCCAUCCAGUCCGUUGCCCGGGCCGACUUUGGAGAGUACAUCUGCACCGCCACCAAUAAGAUCGCAGAGAGCAGUGCAACCAUAAUGCUUCAUGUUUUUGAGGCCCCGGAAGUGUUUGUGUCAGUGGAUCAGCAGCGUGUGGCCGUGGGUGAGCGUGUAGCUGUGUCCUGUAACGUGACGGGCCAUCCUCAGCCUGAGCUGCACUGGCUCAACAAGCAAAAUGGGCAAACACUGGAUUCAACUGGUCGUGUCCGUGCUGUGGACGGUGAGCUGGUGAUCGAUGAAGUAGUGCCCUCUGAUGGUGGGUUGUACUCCUGCAUGGCAGUCAGCACUUCUGGAAAUGCAUCGAGAGACGUUGCAAUACACACCCAGCCAGGACCACCUCAUUACCUGUCAGUCUCUCCGGGCCCAACCUCAGUCCUUUUCUCACUCAAAACGUUCCCCAUCAGUGGAGGAACGCCGAUCACAAGUUUUGUCCUGCAGUGCAGGAAAAGUCCGACAGAAGAGUGGCACGAGACCGUUGUUUCAACUUCAGAUACUUUGGUCAUCACCAGCCUUAAACCGUACACAACCUAUACAGUGCGGAUGGCGGCUUUAAACGCAGCAGGACUGGGACAGUUUUCAAUCGAAAACAGAGUUCGCACCGAGGGAAGACAAGGAGAACCGGACAGGCCAGUUUUGUCCACUAAUGAGAUGAAAGUCGAGGGGAACUCCUUCUCUGUUCCUGUAAGACAGAUUGAUGAUGGGGGAUCCACCCUUCUGCAUUAUGAUGUUCGAUACAAACAGGAUACAGAAGGGUCGAAGUGGAAGGAAAGUGAGCUACCAUCUGAUGCUGAGGCUGUCAGUCUUAAAGAUCUUGCCUAUGGCUCAGACUAUCAACUGGAAGUAAAAGCGGUCAAUGCUAAUGGUUCCUCGUUGCCCGCCAAAUUCAACUUCACCAUUGCAGAACAGCCUGUGAGCAGCAUGACCAAAGGCAGCGUGGUGGGCAUCGUUAUGGUCAUCUUCGUGGUUGUGUUCCUGGUGGUAGACGCCACCUGCUGCUACAGAAACCGCUGUGGUCUGCUCAUGUCCAUCGCUGUGAAACUGUUUGGACAGAAGGUUCCAGGUCUUAAAAUGGUGGAGGAAGGAGACGGGAACACUAAUGGAGAAGUUAAGCUGAAAGGUAUUUCCCAACCAAGAGGCAGUUUACAGCAGACAGGGACUCAGACGCUGAGCAAGGAGGGCGGUCCGCUCACAGAGGUCACCUGCGACAAAGCCCCUCUCACCAAACAUGAGAAAACACAUCCCCCCGUCAUUGAUGCGUGAGACCGGAAACUGAAAAAGAGUUUAAAACA